CAUAUAAAGUAAGCUUUCAUAUAGCGCUGCAUUCAUAAUUAAAUGUUGCAGUAACCUGUUAAUACACAUAAACUUAUUCAACUUGUUCAAUGUAUUUUUACAUAAACUACAUGAUGUAAUUGUUCAUGUUUUUAAACAUGUAAUUGGAUCUAGUAUACCUUUAAUCUUGAAAUCUUUUUUAAGUGAUUUGUAUGCAUGUACCUGCAGUUCAAGCUAAGUAUGUUUGUAUGUGUUGUGUAUCUGUUUUCAUAAUGAUGCCAAUAAAAUCACCUUUAUAUGGAAUGAAAAAAAAAUGAGAAUGGAAUAUUAUCUGCAAUCGACACAUGCACAUGUACACUAUUCUUGGUUAAACGAUAAACAGAGACAGAAAAUAGUGGCUUGUACCUGUGGCUUAAUUUCAUUAGGUAAUAUUAUAUUCAGAAAUGGUCUAUGGCAAAGUGACUUGUCUUUAUUGAAUAUGAGCUGUGGCAGAUAAAAUUUUAUAGUUUUUGUAACAGUACGUUUAUCUGCAAUAUUGUAUUCGACUCAGUGGAUUUUACCAGGCCUGAAUAUCCCACGAGACGUUUGCACCGAGUUUGAUUAUGCGAGGGCCAGAUCAAGGUCACAUUCUGAAAAUAACAGGAUUUCGUGUCAUAAAGUUACACAUUCCGCUAAAAGAUAACUGUUGGAAGAAGUGUCCGCCUGAAAAAAAAUGCAUCUGAGAAAACUUCGAUAUAUAAAAGGAAUUAUCAACAGAAAGGUAUUGCUGACAGGCUUGUUGAUGGCACUUUUUAUGUACUUCGGCAAGAAUUUGAGUGAAAAUAUGGGACAAGAAACACGAGGCAGUGGUGAAAUAAAGGAACAUUUUCCAGACAGUAGAAACGCAGUUCAUACUAUCCUAACUCGAAGAAAAUCUUCAACACCGAAAUCUGGAGUGAAACAAUACGUGAAAAUAAAAAUCGACAAACAUGGAUGUGAAAACUGGUUUGAAGACACAUUCGAGGAAAAUUUAGAUGUAAUUUUGAAAUAUCCUCGAGGAAUAUAUAGUAAAUACCUUGAAAAUCUUGGUGGCUAUCUUACGCAACCAAAAACGAUAAUGACGUCAUUUCCGGUGAUAGUUACAGCGGCUAGUUCCAGCUUUUACAUGGUUUCACAAGGCUUAUUGAAAUCUUUACACCAAAUUUUGCUACCAAGAUAUAAACAGAUCAAAAUCGUAUAUUAUGACUUGGGACUUACAGAGAUCCAAUAUGAGGAGCUGGUGAAAUAUUGCAAGUGCGAAGUAAGGAAAUUUCCAUUUAAGAAAUUUCCACAACAUAUACGGCAGUUACAGUUAUACACCUGGAAACCUCUAAUUGUUAAGAUGCUUCUUAUGGAAUUUGGAUGGGUUUGGUGGAUGGACAGCUCUGUCCGAUUCAUUACCAACGACCUUGACCGAGCUUUGAAGUACAGCAAAGACAACUCCUUCUUGUUUUUAACUUAUGGCGUUUCAUUAUCAGUGGCGAAACAAACAGCUAGACAAACUAUGGAAUACCUUUCUGAAGACCCGUGUAAAUUCCGUCAUUUUGGAGAAAUAGAGGCCACUUUUAUGUUGUUCCAUUUUGAUCGCGUCACAAAUAUACUAAUUGACCAAUGGGCAUCUUGCGCCAUUAACAAGGAGUGCAUGGCACCAUCUGGUGCCAACAUGUUGUUACAUUGUAACAUUACAGUCGAAUCAGAUGGCAGAUGUCACAGAUACGACCAAUCUGUGAUCAGUAUAUUCUUAAGAAGGUUAUAUCAUGACCAAAAUGAUUACCCAUUGGUUGACGUGCCAUUCCAUAUUCAUGAAAUCAUUAGAGGUGAUGAAGUGUCUUACUUUCAGAGUAAGUUGGUUUAAGAUAAAAGCAGAGUUGUUUGGUUAAGUCCGUUUAUGGAACAACGUACUUUUAAAUAAUACUUUGGCUUGAAAAUCAGCGUAGCACUAUACGUUGUACUGACUUGAAUCAUAAUCGAGGAAAAGUUCUGCUAUAAACAAUUAUCAUGAACAAGAAUGCGCAAGGUUUAGAUAUAAACCUUAAUUGUAACUGCAAAACUUAUAAUUAUAGAAAUAUAUAUCAAUAAGGGAUCUCUCCCAUAUCCAAACACCGCUAUGUGUAGGCGAGCCGAUCGGAGGUCGUGGGUUCGAGACCUAGUUGGUGACAUUGACAUCAGUACUGGAUUUUCAGAAAGCGAACUCAAGAGGUAUUCAAAUGAUGACCGGACACUUAUUUUCUAAGUUAACUGUCCUGCAUCGCUCACCUGACCUACAUUACUAGAGAUGACUCAGUUUCCGAUUUGACCAAGACUUUACUGAAUCAAACAUGCUGAAAAAUGUUAUGUGUAGAUCUUGACCUACAUUUCAUCAAGAAAACACGUUCUGACCAAGGUUCAUGAAGACCAUAUAGAAAAAUGCGGUUUUUGGUGUCUACAGGAUUUUUUCAAUUAUUUGACCAAAUGACCUAGUUUUAAAAUCUCCGAUUACCCAGUUUUAAAUCGAGCUAGUUUAAAAAAAAAAUCGAGUUUUAUAAAAAUCAUAAAGCAAAUAUCAUCCCUAAAUAUUAUCAAGGAUUUUCAAUCAUUUGACCUGGCGGCUUUCAUUUUGAUCCGAUAUACCUUUGUUUCAAACCCGACAUAGAUUUUAUACAGAUUCUUGCAUAAAAACUACUUUUUUCACUGGAAUCGCCCAUGUAUUAACGGGAGAAAAAAUCGUGUGCAAACAAGGCAAUUCACGUGCUGUUAAUUAAGAAAUAAUAUAUCUCAUCCAGUGAUUUGUCGUUGAAUAAAUCAUUGUUUGGAGUUCAGAUGCGAAGGAAUUAUAUCACGAGGGCGCAGCCCGAGUGAUAUAAUAAUACGCAUCUGAACGACAAACAAUGAUUUAUUAAAGAGCAAAUCACUGGAUGAGAUAUAUUAUUUCGAUUCUAACACGAUAACAAUGAUUUCAAGUACAUCCUUGACGACAUUCAUUAAAUAUUUGCCCGUUUUCAAUCGGUUUCCUUUCUAGCGCGCCGCUAUGCCGUUUGACACCAUGACGUAAUAACUGUGACGCCAGAACAGUGAUUUGUUGUAUUAUAAUUCACUGUUUUCUGCCUUCUUUGUUUAAUAAGAAAAUGUAUCGGAUCAUGCUAGAAUACAUGAUUUUUAAUGCCCCGCCACAAAUGGUGGGGGUUAUGGGAAUGGUCUCCGUCCGUCCUUCCGUCUGUCCGUAACACUUUCGUGUCCGCUCCAUAUCUCCUAAACCCCUUGAAGGAUUUUCAUGAAACUUGGGUCAAAUGAUCACCUUAUCAUAACAAUGUGCAGAACUCACGAGUCAGCCUUGUCGGCUCAAGGUCAAGGUCACAACUCAAGGUCAGAGGUUUGAGCCCUCCAUUUUGUGUCCGCUCUAUAUCUCCUUAACUCCUUGAAGGAUGAUCAUGAAACUUGGGUCAAAUGAUCACCUCAUCAAGACGAUGUGCAGAACCCAUGAGUCAGCCAUGUCGGUUCAAGGUCAAGGUCACAACUCAAGGUCAAAGGUUUGAGCCUUCCAUUUUGUGUCUGCUCUGUAUCUCCUAAACCCCUUGAAGGAUAAUCAUGAAACUUGAGUCAAAUGAUCACCUCAUCAAGACGAUGUGCAGGACUUAUGAGUCUGCCGGCUCAAGGUCAAUGUCACAACUCAAGGUCAAAGGUUUGAGCCUUCCAUUUUGUGUCCGCUCUAUAUCUCUUAAACCCCUUGAAGGAAUUUUAUAAAACUUGGGUCAAAUGAUCACCUCAUCAAAACAAUGUGCAGAAUUUAUGAGUCAGCCAUGCCGGCUCAAGGUCAAGGUCACAACUUAGGGUCAAAAGUUUGAGCCUUUUAUUUGUGUCCACUCUGUAUCUUGUUAACCCCUUGAAGGAUUUUCAUCAAACUUGGGUCAAAUGAUCACCUCAUCAAGAACUCAUGAGUCAGCCAUGUCAACUCGAGGUCAAGGUCAAAAUUCAAGGUCAAAAGUUUGAGCUCUGUAUCUCCUAAACUCCUUGAAGGAUUUUCAUCAAACUUGGGUCAAAUGAUAACCUCAUCAAGACAGUGUGCAGAAUUCAUGAGUCAGCCAUGUCAGUUCAAGGUCAAGGUCACAGCUAAAGGUCAAAGGUUUACCCUUUAACUAUCCAUAGCAGUGGCGGGGGAUUUAGCUGUCUUUCAGACUGCCUUGUUAGUUUUGAAAUGCUUUGUCAGGGAUGUAUAUGUAUUUCUGCGCAGAUUGACAUCUGGUAUCUGCGUCUUGAUUCUUCUAUAACAUUCUCUUCGUGUAGCAUAAAAGAUGCAAUCUAAUCCAUAGUAUGUUUUGCUGUAUCAGUUACCAAAACCAAACGCACUACCCCCAAAAAUGUACGUACUCGCUCCACCCCUUGUUUACAACCCCUUUUAGAAGUCGGAGUCGAUUCAUUUUUUGUUGAUAACCGUGAAUGUAUAAAAACUACGUGUAACUUGCGCAACUGUUUGCCUUUAGGAAUCAUUUUAAUGAUUUUUGUAAGUAUCAGUCGGAAUGCAUUUAUCUAAUUUCGCGAAUAAUUCGGAUAAAACAUUUGAAAGCUUGUCACUACGUUCGUACUCAUCCGUACUCUAAAUGUGUUCGUAAAUAAUUCGAAUGUAAAGUUAUUACUUUUGAAAUUGUGUUCCUGUUUACCAAAUUUUUAAGUGAUAUGUAAAAACUUGUUUGAAAUAAUGACAGAUUUAAAAAUUUGCUUAAAAACCUUCAUUACAUGCUUUU